UUAACACGCUUAGGUUUCAUUCGGAAGGUCAGAACAUAUUAUCGUAUAUUGAGAUCAAGGUGGCUAAAUUAGCAAACACUCACCGAAUCUUGGCUUAGGUAGUUCCCCGCGUUAUAAUAUAGAAACUCCAUACCGCGUAUCGUUCGUUGUAGCUAUAUAGUUACGGCGUGUCCCAGGAGAAUGUAGGAAUUAUUUCGUUUCUGACAUCUCCAAGUUCGCUAUCGUGAAAAUGCGCUUCUUACACGUGCUCUCCACAGGCCUCCUGGCGCCGACCAUUGGUCUUGCCUACCCAGCUGUCUUCAGCAAUGGGGAUCUAUCCAAGAGGGAAAACCUGUGCAAUUUGAAUGCGCCUCCCGCUAUUUGCCAGCCUGACCCAACCGUAACCGUGGAGGAAACAGCUGCGAGAGCUUACAAAUUCUAUCGUUCAUUUGUGGUCGACGGCGACCCAAGAACGAUGUUUUCCCUUAUCGACUCGGCUUAUAUCCAACACCACGCAGGAUACGCGUCUGGACCUAACACCAUUUGGCCCCUUUUCUGCGGUGGAAGUAAACUAGGAAGUGAAACAGGCACAGCUUGGUGCUUCGACUCUAGCACAAACAUGUCGUACGCACGAUACUCGACUACCGAUAGAUGGCGAUGGGUUGAUGGUUGUGUCCACGAGCACUGGGACCAGGGCGAAAGGAUUCCAUCGAGCGACAAAUGCUUUAAACUGAACACCACUGCAAGCGUACAUUAAUGAAGCUGUUGGCUGAGUGUAUCUGAGUUGAGGGUGCGGGCCCAGGAACGUAGCGUCUUAUUAGCAAGCUCGUAAUUCAGGUAGUUAGUUGCGUAUAAAAGAAACGUUCCUAUCCAACGGAGUUCCCCAUUAAUUACAACCGGUUUUCUUUUAUCUCAGGUACCUUCGUAGGUCGAUCACGAUAGGCGAGAAAUUCAUGCAUUUAGCUGCAAGCCUCCUGAGUAUUGAAUGACAUAACUGGCUGUACUUAUUAAGCUGUCGGUUGGAUCGAGUUCCUGCUUGAGGUAUCCUGUAGUUUCUAAACCUUGCUUGUGAUGAGUUGAAUUAUGAACGAGCGUUAUAACUGCAACGAGUAGAUUGAAGG